AAGAGAAAUCCAACGGAUGCUAUAUUGUUAUCCGAAGAAACCGGAUCACCGGAACCCCAACGAAGAGGCCGGAAACGAAGAACAAAGUUUCGACUAGUUCGCUUUCCACGGCAGAUUCCUCCGUCAAUCCUUUGGCUCGUACGAUGGAUGAGAGAGCCAUGUCCCCUGGUCGCGCACCUCAAAAUCGGCACCCAGGGCCUCCUCGAUCGGCGGAGAUCGAUGCGGCCGGCGCUGUGCCUGUGCGCACGACAGGGCAUCGCCCGAGUAAACUCCGCCGUACUCAUGCAGCUGAAACAAAUGGCGCCAGCUGCCAGCAAGGAGAUGUUGCUCAUGCAUGGUGCCCAAAAUACGAGAGAACAACUUUCUUUCGAGAAUCUCCCAGAGGACAUCAUACAUCUUAUACAUUCUCUUCUGCACGUGCAAGAUGCUGCUCGCGCUGCCUGUGUGUCUCGUGUACUUCUACGUUCCUGGAGAUGCUACUCCGACCUCAUGCUCGCUGACCGUACAAUUGGCUUGACUGACAAGAAAUCGGAAGAAAUAGAAACCAAUCUGAUCGACAAAGUUGACAGAAUUCUUGAAAACCAUUACCGCAAUGGGGUGAAGGUGAAAACACUUGACCUUGAUCUUUUCGGUUACAACAAUAUCAAUGCCUCCUACCUGGACAGGUGGCUCCAUAUCUCUGUUAAAUCUGGGAUCGAAGUACUUAACUUAAUAAUGUAUCCUUUCAUGGAUGAUAGCUACUACAGCUUCCCGUCUUCGGUUUUGUCCGAUACGGCAGCUGCAAGUUCGAUUCAGUCCAUUUUCCUCAUGUAUUGUGCUUUCCGUCCCACAUCAACACUUGGCUGUUUGAAAAGGCUGAAGAGUUUAGAUCUUUCAAGGGUCCGCAUUAAUGAUGAAGGACUAGGACACUUGCUUUCAAAAUGUUUUGCCCUAGAGCGGCUGGUGGUGAACGGAUGCACUGGCAUAAUUUUCUUGAGAAUACCUUGUACGCUGCAGCAGCUCAAGCUCCUUCAUAUUACAACAUGUGAGACGAUGCAGGUGAUAGAGAUCGAUGCUCCAAAACUUUGCACUUUAUACUAUAGUGGGGGGCCUCUGGUAGAAAUCUCUAUCAAAAAUUCUUCCCAACUUAAGAAUGUAUCUUUUUGGUUUAACUACUUGUUUGCACCUGGCAUUCUAUCUUAUGCUCGUGCCAGGCUUCCAUCCAUCACACCAAAUGUUGAGAGUCUUACCCUGCGCUCUCAUAAAGAGAAUGUUGACACUCCAAUGCUGUCCUCCAAGCUCAUCAACCUCAAGAAGUUGGAAAUUGGACUCUGCGCAUCUGUACAGGCCGUGUCCCCAAGUUAUGAUGUCUUCUCUCUUCUUUCUUUUCUUGAUGCUUCUCCGGCCUUGGAUUCUUUCUUGUUGUGUGUAGAGCAAGAUGCCCUCACACAUGAUCCUGUUGUUGGAGACGACGAGAAGUACCCGAGGCGCAAGCCGAAGUGCUGGCAUAACAGCCUCAGGCAGGUGACGAUCACGGGAUUUUGUUCAGCCAAAAGCCUGGUUGAUCUCACGGUCCACAUCCUUGAGGGCACAUCUUCGCUCGAGCGCCUCACACUAGACACAGUCCCUAGCUACGGUAGAGGGCGUGGAUGUUGUGCUUCAAGAAAAAAUGGCCAAUGCUCGCCGAUCGAUGAGCAAGACAGCUCUUACGUUAGCUCACAAUGCUAUAGAGGUUGCAGGCAGAUAUAUCGCAGGAAGAGUUCCCUCAGGUGUUGAAUUCCAGGUCCUCGAGCCCUGUGGUCGAUGUCAUAGUGGCAAUCCAUAGAUUAGUGCCAAUGUGGCUUAUCUUUUCUUCUAGAGUACGGAUUGUUCGAUCUAUGGCAAAUGUUCCAUCUCAUCACAAAUGAUAUAGUACGGAUUCUGCUUUCGAUAUUUACUUAAUAUAAUACUGCCUCGGAUUAUGGCUUGGAGGGGUAGUUUUUUUUUAUCUUUAAGGAAUUUGGAGCGGUGUGCUUUUAUUAAUAUAAUAUGUUUUUA